CCAUCCAAACGCAUCCAGGCUCCAUCCGUCACCACCACCACCGACGAGGGAGGGAUCACCGGGAUCAGGGAUCACUUUAUCCGCCGCGUCCGUGUCAAGCCAAAAGGCGUGAUUGAUUUGAAUAACGAGCUGCCGUCGAACGGGGACAUCGCCAAGAGGACGUUUUGCUUGUACUGGGUACCCGGGAGGACGGCAUGGGGGGACACGAGGCGUUUGUGCUCUUACUUGCGGCGACCUUGACGCUCUCAUCUGAGGUGCCUGCUGAUGACGCGGUGAGUUUGCUGACUGAACCGCAGGUGGCCAUGUUCUGCGGCAAGCUCAACAUGCACAUCAAUGUGCAGAGUGGCAAUUGGGAGCCAGACCCAUCUGGCUCCAAGAGCUGCAUCGGCACCAAGGAGGGCAUCCUGAAUUACUGCCAAGAGGUGUAUCCAGAACUCCAGAUCACUAAUGUCGUGGAGGCCAACCAGCCCGUCAGCAUCCAAAACUGGUGUAAAAAAGGCCGCAAGCAGUGCCGCAGUCACAAUCACAUUGUGGUGCCCUACCGCUGCUUGGUCGGGGAGUUUGUGAGCGAUGCCCUUCUGGUUCCUGACAAGUGUAAGUUCUUCCACAAGGAGUAUAUGGACCAGUGUGAGAGCUAUCUGCACUGGCACACUGUCGCCCAAGAGUUCUGCGGCGACCGCGCCGCCAAUCUCUUUGACUACGGGCCGCUGAUGCCGUGCGGCAUUGACCUUUACCGAGGGGUGGAGUUUGUGUGCUGCCCGAUCGAGGCCGUGCAGGAGUCCGAUAGCGAGGAAUCGGACGUCUGGUGGGGCGGAGCUGAGCCUGACAACAAUGAUAACAGCAUGGCGCAGCAGACGGACACUGAACCUCCUGCCGCCGAGGAGGAGGAGGAUGAGGAAGACGACGGCCAGGCUGACACUUUUGAACGGGACGAGAAUGACGAUGAAGAAGUUGAGGAAGAGGAGGACGAGGAAGACGACGACGACGUGACCAACGAGCGGGAAAGCGACGAGCGCAAUGCUAACGUCGCCAUGACAACCACCACCACCACCACCGAAUCCAUCGAGGAAGUCGUCCGAGCCGCUUGUUGGGCACGCGCCGAGUCGGGCCCGUGUCACGACGUGCUGGCGCGCUGGUACUUCGUGCCUGAAAAGGCCCGCUGCGCCCCCUUCCUGUUCGGGGGCUGCGGGGGCAACAGGAAUAACUUUGAUUCCGAGGAAUACUGCCUAGCUGUCUGCAGCAGCUCGUUACCCACCACGGCGCCCAGCCCUCCGGAUGCCAUCGACCAAUACCUCGAAUCGCCCGGCGACGACAACGAGCACGGCGACUUUCAGAGGGCGAAGGAAAGCCUGGAGGCCAAGCACAGGGAAAAGCUGUCCCAGGUGAUGAAGGAAUGGGAGGAGGCUGAGAGGAAGGCCAAGAACCUCCCACGUGCCGAGAAGAAAGCCGUCAUUCAGCGUUUCCAGGAGAAGGUGGAGGCCCUGGAGGAGGAAGCCGCCGGGGAGAGGCAGCAGCUGGUGGAAACCCACAUGGCCCGCGUAGAGGCUCUGCUCAACAGCCGCCGACGCGUGGCUCUGGAAAACUACCUCGGCGCACUGCAGGCCAACCCUCCACGGCCCCGCCAGGUGCUGAGUCUGCUGAAGAAGUACAUUCGGGCCGAGCAGAAGGACCGCCAGCACACAGUCAAACAUUACGAGCACGUCCGAACUGUCGACCCGAAGAAGGCGCCGCAGAUUCGGCCUCAGGUUUUGACACACUUGCGUGUGAUCGACGAGAGGAUGAACCAGUCGCUUGGUUUGCUUUACAAGGUGCCCAACGUGGCCAACGAGAUCCACAGCCAAGUCUCCGUCAUCGUGCAGCGAGUUCAGUCCGAGCUUUCUCAGCAAGUGUCCUCCCUGCAGAGUGACAACAGAGUGGACGGCAGGAUGAGCUACGGCAACGACGCCCUCAUGCCCGACCAGGCGUACAGCUCGGCUCCGAUGGAACCCGGCCUCGACGGGCUGGGCUUUAUCCACCCCGAGAGCUUCAACCAGCCCAACACUGAGAACCACGUUGAGCCUGUUGAUGCCCGCCCACUUCCAGAUAGAGGAUUACCCACACGGCCUGUGUCUGCCCUGAAGCCAGAAGAGAUGCCCCAAGUGCGUAUGGAGACAGAGGAGAGGCAAAGUACUGGCUACGAAGUCCACCAUCAAAAACUGGUCUUUUUCGCCGAGGACGUAGGCUCAAACAAAGGCGCCAUCAUCGGGCUGAUGGUGGGAGGCGUCGUCAUAGCGACCAUCAUCGUCAUCACCCUGGUGAUGCUGAGGAAGAAGCAAUACACUUCCAUCCACCACGGCGUCAUCGAGGUGGAUGCGGCGGUGACACCUGAGGAGCGUCACCUGGCCAAGAUGCAGCAGAAUGGCUACGAGAAUCCCACCUACAAGUUCUUUGAGCAGAUCCACAACUAAUAAGACCCCCUUUCGCUCCUCCCCGAGGUUCUGUUCCAGUCUGCGCUCCCAUUUGACAUAAACAAACAAAAAAAGGAUCGUGCUCAUUUUAAAGAGAGGAAAUUUGUGUUUGGGCCAAAGGAAGCAGACAUGGAACAAAACCUAGUUAACCCCGUCAAUUGCACAAAGUAACACUAACGGAGUGAGACAAGGGUACCCUGUGUCACCAGCACAUUUCAACCAAUCACACGACACCCCUUUGCAGUGUUUGUACGCAAAGAAAUUGUUGACUGACUAUAGCUAUACAGUACAUACAUACACAUAUAUAUAUAUAUAUACACAUAUAUAUAUAUAUAUAUAUAUAUAUAUAUAUAUAUAUAUAUAUAUAUAUGAAUAUUAUUAUCAUCGCAGCACUGUGCUACUCAGCUAUUUAAACUAUCCAGCGCAAAACAUUUCAAGUUUGUUUAAAACGUCAAAAGAAUAUUUUAAUUUUUGUGUGUAAUAUAUGAAGGAGAUUAGCUGUACGUCUAUGUAGUGCAUGGCCAUAUUGAGUCCAACUGGGUCUGACUUUUAGAUAUUUUAGCGGGAUUGUACAUUUCUGGUGUCUUCUUUGUGAUCUUGUGCAAAAUGAAGAUGAUGAUAAAAAAAAAAUAUUCAGAAUGCUUUAAACAUUUUUUAAGUUCAUCUCCAUGCUUCACUGUUGUUAGCUGCAUGGGCAAAAAUCAAACAACAACAAAAAAGAAUCAAAUACUAUAUGUAAUAUAUGAAGUGUAAUAGUAUCCGAAAGGAAGAUGAUUGUGUUACUAUUUUGGGUUUUAUGCACUCUAGCUUUGUCAUUUUGGGGAAUGUCUUAUCACCAAGUACAGUGGAACCUCCCACGUGGAACGACGUUUGUGGGCAUGAAAACGAUGAAAAGGAUUAACUGCACAUGUGUUUGCUUUGUUUUUACCUUUUUUUGUGUGAAGGACAGUAGUGAUAGCAAAGAGGAAAAGUGGAGGUAAGGGACUGGCUGUUCAGUACAAUAUGAGGAAUAGAAUUCCUUCAAUAUCAGUUAAUACACUACACUCCUUUGCUCCAUGACUCAGAUGAAGGAAACUAUUUAACUUUUUUGGUUGUUACCUUCUCUUAUAUUGUACUACAAGUUUGAUCCUGAAGCAGAUUAAUUCGUGUUACAUUAUGUCCAAUGGGGAAAUGGCUUUGUACUUAGAACAGCUCAGAAGUCAACCAGUGUGAUUGCAUUUCUACUCAGGAGGUUCCACAGUAUGAGCUCUCAAUGCAGACUUUUCAGUUCAAAGUCAGAUUGGACCUUUCGACGGAUCCACUGGAGUGGAACUGGAGGCUAAUAUCCAAAUCAUUCCUGUUGAAUCAUUCCGUUAUUGAUUGUAAAAUUGAUGUUUGGGCAAAAUAGGCCCGUUUUUCUAUGUUCCCUACAGCUUUAAUAGUGACAGAUUAGUAUUGGGGAUAUUGAGUUCCACCCCCCCAAAACGCCACCCCUUCAUGAUACCAACUUGGUUUGUUUUUUUUUCCAUUGCAGCCGUGUCUCGUCUGUCAUGUGGUAGAUCUGUUGAGUCAUCACCUCCCCUCCCCUCCCUAACAUUAACAUAUCCCAACACAGACAUGUGAACUGAAGCUCUUGUUCAGGUGAAUGUUUAAAAAUGUUUUGUAGUUACAUGAACCAUUUGCUUAAGUUUCUACUGCCACCAUACCAUGAAUAAAAUUUUUAAUGUACAUAAA